GUUUGUUUUGUUGACAGCAAAGUUGUGUGCAGCUAGCGAACGACAGUUCAGAAUCCUGAAAAUUGUCUUACUUGUGCUCUGAAUAUUCCACUUUUCCUUGUAAGGUUUGUCUUUUUUUAAACCAAGAUGCCUGCCAAGGACUAUGUAGCCGAGAAAGAGAAAUGCAGAGGUUUCCUCACAGACUUUGUUCAACAAGAUGAUGAGGGUUCCAAGAAUUUCAAGUACGCAAGGCAACUGGUAGCUAUUGCACAUCGUGAGCAGGUUGCCUUGACGAUAGAUUUAGAUGAUGUAAACGAGAUUGAUCCUGAUUUAGCGGAGUCCAUCAUUGAGAAUGCUCGACGUUACACUAAUCUCUUUGCCGAUGCUGUCUAUGAUCUACUCCCAGACUACAGAGAAAAAGAGGUCAUACAGAAAGAUGCGUUGGAUGUUUACAUUGAGCACCGACUGUUGAUGGAGCAACGACUCCGAGGUCCGAACCCCGGUGAGGUGCGAGACCCAAGGAAUCAAUUCCCACCGGAGCUGAUCCGCAGAUUUGAGAUCUACUUCAAGACACCAAGCACACAGAAGCCGCUGUCUAUCCGCGAUGUCAAAGCGGAGAAGAUUGGCAAGUUGGUGGCUGUUCGCGGCAUCGUGACUCGCUGUACGGAAGUCAAGCCCAUGAUGACCGUGGCAACGUACACAUGCGACCAGUGCGGUGCUGAAACCUAUCAACCAAUUGGUUCACCAACAUUCAUGCCACUGUUGAUGUGCCCUAGCCAGGCCUGCCAAGCUAACAAAUCCGGAGGCCGUCUCUAUCUUCAGACCCGUGGGUCAAAGUUCAUCAAGUUUCAGGAGAUCAAGAUUCAGGAGCACAGCGACCAGGUUCCGGUCGGUCACAUCCCCCGGAGUAUGACCAUCUACUCCAGGGGUGAAACCACACGCUGCAGCCAGCCUGGGGAUCACAUCGGAGUCACUGGGAUAUUUCUUCCCAUGUUGAGGGUUGGGUUCAGGCAGAUGUCCCAAGGACUACUGUCAGAGACAUACAUGGAAGCUCAUAGCAUUAUGAAGAUGAACAAGUCGGCAGAAGAAGAGAUGAGCUUAAAGGAACUAACUGAGGAAGAAAUACAACAAAUUGCUGAGGAGGAUUUCUACGAGAAGCUGGCGUCUUCAAUUGCACCAGAGAUCUAUGGCCAUGAAGAUGUGAAGAAAGCUCUAUUGCUCUUGCUUGUUGGUGGAGUCAAUCGCAACCCUAAAGGAAUGAAAAUCAGAGGAACCAUCAAUAUUUGUCUGAUGGGUGACCCUGGUGUGGCCAAAUCUCAGCUCUUGGGAUUCAUUGACAGACUGGCGCCAAGAAGUCAGUACACAACAGGGCGUGGCUCCUCGGGCGUCGGCCUCACCGCCGCCGUCAUGAAGGAUCCCAUCACUAAUGAGAUGGUCCUGGAGGGCGGGGCCCUGGUGCUUGCAGACCAAGGCGUCUGCUGUAUCGACGAGUUUGAUAAGAUGAACGAGACGGAUCGUACAGCCAUCCACGAGGUCAUGGAGCAGCAGACCAUCUCAAUCGCAAAGGCUGGAAUAAUGACAUCAUUGAAUGCUCGGGUGUCCAUCCUGGCCGCUGCUAACCCGGCCUACGGAAGAUACAACCCCAAGAAAUCCAUUGAGCACAACAUCCAGCUGCCUGCCGCUCUGCUGUCACGUUUCGAUCUGCUCUGGCUCAUUCAGGACAGACCGGACAGAGAAAAUGAUCUCAGACUCGCUCAGCAUAUUACCUAUGUACAUCAGCACAGCACCCAACCCCCGAUGCAGUUUACUCCUCUCAACAUGAACCUCAUGCGACGUUACAUUGCUCUCUGUCAGACAAAGAUUCCAGUGAUCCCUGAGAGUUUGACCGACUACAUCACCGGAGCAUAUGUGGAAAUGCGCAAAGAGGCACGAGGGAGUAAGGAUACGACGUUCACGUCAGCGAGGACACUACUUGCAAUUCUUCGGCUGUCCACUGCUCUUGCUCGUUUGAGAUUGGUUGAUGUUGUUGAGAAGGAAGACGUGAAUGAAGCCAUGAGACUGAUGGAGAUGUCUAAAGAAUCGCUCCAUGGCCAUCAAGAGACGACUGGAAGGAAACAACGCUCUGAAGAUGUUGUGUUCAGUAUCAUUCGUGAGAUGGUGUCCGGCCGGCAGAGCGUCAAAUUCGCCGAUGCCAGACAGUCGUGCCUCGCUAAGGGCUUCACUAAUGACCAAUUUGAGGAGGCUCUGGACGCGUAUGAAGAACUGAACGUCUGGCAGGUCAACAAUGCUAGAACCAAAAUCACAUUUGUCUAGUUUUUAUAUUACAUUUAGGAUGAGGUUUUAGCUAGGAUUUGGUUGAAGGGUGUCAACAUAAGCUGGAAAUUUUAAAACUGGGUGUCCAAAUUGUUCACUUACAAUUCAUUCACAUAUAAAUGACAGAUAAAACAGCGUGUCAAUUUUUUUUUAAAGGGUGUCCAUAAGAUUCCCAGACAGCCCUCUUGGUAAGAAGGGGUCAAAGUAAAGGGCAUGUCAUGAAUUGACACUUACAUGCAUGUUGACUAUCCACAUUUAAUAAAAUCAAACCAAAUGUUUAGUGUUUUUCCAGAUGUCUCGAUGUCAAUUAAAUUGAAUUAGGGCAUCAGUCAAGGGUAUGGUGAAGAUAAGGCAGAAGUUUGGUCUCUAAAAGGAACUGGACACUACUGGUAAUCACGGUUAGCAUCAAAAUUUACUUGGUAACGAUCAAUGGAGAGCUGUUGAU